AUGGCUAAGAAUCUGAAAAGGCAACAGGCGUGUUCUACUUCUUCUGAGUUCAUUCAUAUUUUUCCAUUUGAAGAAUCUAAGAAGGGUGGUGGAGUUUUUUUCUCACUGGUUAUUCUUCUUGAAAUUUGGGCUGUUCGGAGGACAAGAUUUGCCAAUUUUGUUAAGGCUGCUGCUGAUAAAGAUGGCAACAGAGACGAGGCUGUAAGAGCCAAGGGAUUGGCUGAGGAGAAGAUGAAUAGCAAAGAUUAUGUGGGAGCUCAAUUACUGAUCAGUAAGGCUCAAAAACUAUACCCUAGUAUGGAAAAUAUCAGUCGAAUGCUAACUGUAUGCCAAGUACACUGUUCCGCUGAGCGCAAAGUUGAACCUGGAUCGGUCCCAGACUGGUAUCACAUCCUUCAGAUUGAGCAAACUGCUGAUGAAGCAUCCAUUAAGAAGCAGUUCAGACAGCUCGCCCUCCUACUUCAUCCUGAUAAGAACAAGUUUCCAGGUGCAGGAGCUGCCUUUCAAUUGAUCGAAGAAGCAAAUAGGUUUCUUUGUGACCAGUCAAAACGGUCACCAUUUGAUAUGAAGCGCAGCAUUAUGCAACAGAGGCAGUCUCAAAAUCAGCCAAGAAUGAAUAACUAUCCGAGCAAAAAUCCCGUGAGUACCGAGAUGGCAGCACUAUUCAAGCGUAUGAAUCCUCCCCAGCAAAAACAGCAGCAACAAACCCAACCAAUAUAUGCUAAUGGUCCAAAAACAUUCUGGACUAUGUGCCCUUUUUGCAGUACAAGGUACCAGUAUUACUUAGACAUUAUGAACAGAGAUCUUCGCUGUCAAAGGCAAAGCUGCAGGAAACCUUUUACUGCUUAUGUUUGGGAUAACCAAAGGAUGCCUCAUGGAGCUAACAACCGGUCAGUGCCUCAAAAGAAAGAUGCCCCAAGUCAGGAUGGUCAAAAGAGUGCCCAAGUGAAUAUACAGGGGAAUCGUGGCAAUAUGGCACCAGCAUCACAGCCAAGUAAAUCUACAGGGAGGGCUUCUGUCAGUUCUGUGGCUGCCACGGCGCCGGAACCCAAUGCAAAAGAAGACUUGAAUGUCCGUGUGGAAGCCGGAAUGAAAGCAAAAUCUAUACCUGCUGAGCCUAAACCUUCAGGUACCAAGAACAUGAAAAGAGGAAGAAACACUAACUCAGAAAAGGAAACUGGAAGCCUCUGCGACAUGGAAGAAGAUGGUGAUCACAAAGCUGGACAGAGUCCUGGACUCAACAGUGGCAGAUCAUCUCGGCGAAAACAUGAUGUUAGUUACAAAGAGAACUUGAGUGAUGACGAAGAUAUAGCUAGUGGAUCAAGACGAAAGACUACUAAAAUCAAUGAGCCAGUGGAGAAAGAUAAAAGAAAGGUCCUUUUUGAAGAAAGUGAACCAUUUGGAAAUGCUGAAAACUGCAAGAAUAAUGGAGACGAAGUAGCCGAAGAUGAUGGCAACCAUGGAAGACCUGAACCAGUGGUCGUUGAAAUUCCCGAUCCAGAAUUUUAUGACUUCGACAGGGAUAAGAGUGAAAAAUGCUUUGCACUUGAUCAGAUUUGGGCCCUUUUCGACGAUUUGGAUGGCAUGCCCAGAUUCUAUGCUCGGAUCGAUAAAGUAUAUUAUUCGCCUUUCAAGGUGGAUCUCACAUGGUUGGAGUUUGUUCCUGGGGAUUCGGAUCAGACUGCUUGGAAAAGAAGCGGGUUACCUGUAGCUUGUGGGAAAUUCAAACGCGAGAAGACUGAUACAAUUAAAGAUAAAGGUACAUUCUCCCAUAAGAUUGUCUGGGAAGAAGGUGCUCGAAAUACUUACAAGAUCUAUCCCCGAAAAGGGGAAACUUGGGCCGUUUACAAGAACUGUAACAGUAAAUGGAGCUCUGAUAGGGACAACAACAGAGAGUAUGAGUAUGAGUUUGUUGUGGUCCUGUCGGAUUACAUCAAUGAAUCAGGCAUUUUGGUUGCCCAAUUGGUUAAGCUAAAAGGUUUUGAAUCCUUGUUUAAGCGAACCGAAACCAAUGGCAUGUCUUCCUUUCAAAUAACAUUUGAUGAAAUGUUAAAAUUCUCUCACAGGGUUCCUUCAGUUAGAACAAAUGGUAGAGAACGAAAAGAUGUCCCCGAAGGUGUUUUUGAACUUGAUCCUGCUUCCCUGCCCCUUAACCUUGAAGAAGUUUCUGAUGGGAAAGCCAAAAUUGUUGGUGGUAAAAGGGGUCAUUCUGAGCUUGAUCCUGCUUCCCUGCCCAGUAACCUUGAAGAAGUUUCCGAUUUGAUUAAUGGGAAAGCCAAACCUCUUGGUGGUAUAAGGCAUCGUUCCUUAAAAUCUAUAUUAGAGGAGAGGCCUCGUGUGCCGAAGAAUGUAAAUGAAGAAACUUUCGAGGAGUCUGAGACUUUAAGUACUUCAAAUGGUGAGACAGAAAAGACAGAGAGAGUUUCUGAGCAGAUUCCUCCUUCACCUUCUUCGUUUAUAGACCCUUCUGAACUUCCGGAGUCAGUUUUUUAUACAUUUGAAGAUGACAAAACUGAAGACAAGUUCCAAGUUGGUCAGGUGUGGGCUUUGUAUUGUGAGUUGGAUGGCUUGCCCAAGUACUAUGGUCUGAUCAAAAAGGUUGGAUUAAUCCAGGAGUUUAAAGUGAACAUACAAUGGCUUGAAGCUUGCACCUCACCAAAGGGUAUGCUAGCUUGGCUUGACAGUAAGAUGCCUACAUGCUGUGGAGUUUUUUCUAGUGGUAACGAAACGGAGUUUGAUGAUACUAGUUUUUUCUCUCAUCUUUCGAAAGGAGCAGAAGCUGCGAAUGGAAACAAGUAUGAGAUGUUUCCCAGGAAAGGUGAGGUGUGGGCAGUAUACAAGAAUUUUUGUUCAGAAUGGUCUUCUUCUGACCUCCAGACAUGCGAGUAUGACAUAGGCAAAGUUUUACAAGUGGACGGUACACUGAAGGUGUUGCUUUUGGAGAAGGUGUGUGAUUAUGAGACGAUUUUCAAGGUUCAGACAAAAGCAGGCCAUGAAUCCAUACUUGAAAUACCACGCCAUGAAUUGGUUAAAUUCUCUCAUCAAAUUCCUGCAGUCCAGUUGACGGAUGAAAAAUUAAGAACCUUGUUGACUGAUGAAAAAGUAGGAAACUUGCGUGGAUGUUGGGAGUUGGAUCCCAAAGCAAUGCCUGUUUGUUUAUCUAAUUGUAAAUGAAGAGUCAAGACUGUCAGAGCCAUGGUGUAAAUUUUAUGUACAAGGUCUGGGUUCUUUUUGAUCUGCUGUUCAUAAUUAGUUGAUGUGUUGCAGCAAUUUGGGGUUUAGCACUUUUAUCGAUUCUUAUACGGAGUCUUGGGAGAACAUCUUCUGUCAGAAUGAGGAGUCACACCACAAACCCUGUGAGUAGCAAAUUGGAAAAAGAAAGGGCAGGAACUUGCUCUGAGAAUCAUAAAGCAACAAGUGGCGAAACAGGGGAAUUGUUCUAGGUGAAAAUUUACUCGAGACAAAGUUGAAGAGAAAUAUGUGUUGAGUAUGAUUGCUGAAGCUAGAAAUGUGUGCCGAAGGAGAUUGACAAGGAAAAUAAACGAAGUUAUUCUCGGGAGGAAAUUGGAAGCUCUGAGAUUUGAAAAUUCAUGUUAGAUAUGACGAGAGAACUCAUUGGGUUUGGUCCUAUUGUAGCCAAAGAACUUAGUAUUUUUUGGCAGAGGCUAGCAGAAAGGGAAUGACAGAAACCAACAACAGCGAAAACACUAGCAGUACAGUCAGCAUCCCCCGCAGCAACCACCAUCACCAGCAUCAUCAAGCUGGAGUGCAGAAAGGAAAUGCCUCAAUUCCAGGUGUAACAGAUUUUUCUCGUAAUAUGGAGCUUGACAUAGAAGAAUCUAUAGUUCAGAUGAAGUGUGUUCCAAGAAUGUGGAUAAUACUUAUGAUGUUUUGUGAUGACCAUGAUGAUGGAAACACUUACUACAAAAACGAGGAAUGUGAUGAUGAAUACGGUAGCAUUGGUAGACCUGCCUUUUAUGUUGAAUGGGAUCCUGAUUUUGCUUCUGGACCUUUAGAAGAUGGAGAAGUAUGUAUCUAGGUUUGUCAGGUGGAAAGCUGCACGAAUUCCAGAUUUGAAAGUAGCAGAGCUUGAUAAGAGUAAAGCUUAUUAAGGAACAUAAAGUAUAUAUGCCUGAGAUACUUGAUAUUGCUAUGUGCAGAACCAUGAAAAGACUUGGAAUAUACAUUUCUAGCUGAUCCUAAGCAGAGACUGGAAUCAGUUUCGACUACUGAGUUGGGAUCGGCUUCUGCUGCGAAAGUUGAAGCUGCUUUACUAAUGAAAGAAGAAAAAGCGACGAAUGAUACUGUUGGAGGAGAGAAGCAGAAACUAGUGAGUUGUUUAUAGUUAUUGGGGAGUUUCUGGACCUAAAGUUACUAGAGUACAGAUGGUACAGUUAAUUGCGUUGGAAACAGAAUUAUCGUUCCCAGACUCAUCAGUUGCUAUUGAAUUGGGAAUAUAUACCUGCUUGCUACACCUUGAUACAGAGAAGGUAUGGUUGUCUUGCAAUUAUGUUGGAAACAGUAGCAGCUGUCUGAGAAAUGGUAGGAGGAACGCAUCUCCAUCUCAUAUCUUCCACGAUUUCAACAUGUUGUUGUUGGAUUAAGGCAUUACUUGAAGAAGCAGAGAACGGGAGGAUGCAUCUGAUGACUAUUGUGGAGCUUGUGCAGCUCAAAUGGUAUGAGGGUUUUUUGGUUCUCACUGUCGAAGGAGUCUUCUUCAAUGCCUUCUUUGCUAUGUAUCUGCUUUCACCUAUGCUCACUCAUACAAUUACCAGUUGUCUGGAGGAGGAAGCAGUUCAUUCUUACACAAAGUUCUUGAAGGAGAUUGAUAGUGGUAAAAUUGAAAAUGUUCCAGAUCCUGCUAUUGCUAUACUACUGGAGGCUACGCAGCGAUGCAAGUUUAAAAGAUGUCGUAAUUGUGUUCCGAGCAGAUGAAGCUCAUCAUCAGGAUGUCAACCAUUUUGCUUCUGAUGCCGUCUCUGAUUUGAGCUAGGCUCGUAGAGUUCUCCUGAUGAUGAAACCAUUGCAGAUGUUAUAAGACUACAUCUGUUGCACAUGGUAAAGUUCUAUUCUGACUAAAAAGGGGAUGUGGUUGAUUCCUUUCCAUGUUAAUAUGAGAGUUCUAAGUAAAACAGAUAUGCCAGCGGGAGAUUGUCCAAAGAAGGGGGAGGGUUGUGUGCAUCAUCAAGAGGUACGGGGCAUUGUUCAGGGGAGAUGGGGUUCUUAAUGUAUUUUUGCAUCACAGCAUUGAUAUUUGAAGAAAUAACUAAAUAAAAGGUCCAUUUCACAUUAGUUGAAACAAAUAAAAGUUCCCCCACCGAAGGAAAAUUCUGUGGCCAAGGCACCAGAAGCUGGAGCGGGUCAAACUUGGCCUAAGAUUAGAUGGGUUCCUCUGCUAAUGGUGAGAGUUUACAGGGUUUAGCGUACAACCCUGAGACCAUCAGUUAACAGGUCAUUCCAGAGAAUUUCAUUUCACAAGUUGAUCCUGACAGUCUUGUGGCUUUGGGUGGUUCAAGUGCGGAAAGUGUCACCAUACAUGAUUAAGACUGCCUCAAGCAUGAUUGGCGAGACAACCCAAUGCUCAAGUCCCCUGAUUUGCUCAAGUCCGCAUCUGAUAUGGCCAACAUGCCGCCUGAUGCUCUUAAGCUAAUGUUUGAGUCGCCUCGUCUCUGGAAGGGAAUCGUCUAUCUUCCCUCAGCAGUAGCGCUUAACGGUCAUGGGUCUGGAUCAGAUAGUGUGUCAAGACAGAAGAAAUUGGAAUUCUAAUCCAUCUAUAAACAGGAGUUGGUUCUUUUCCAGAGUUGUCAAAUUUCAGAGCUGAUCCAUCAUCCUCUUCAAGUUUUCCAUUUUCAACAGCUGAUCUGCAAGCGCAAAUGAAAGCUCCAGCAAUGCGGCAGGUAUACUAGAGUAGAAUCCCUGAUUAUGUUUUCCGUUUGUUGUCAUUUCUUGUUUUUCUAUUUUCUUAUUUUUGCACAUGAUUAACAUCCAAUAUGAACCCUGAGAUGAUGGCAAAAGUGCAUCUUGGUUGAUCCAAGUGGAGCAUCUGCACCUAUGUUGGUUGACGCAGGAACACCUGAAUAACAAGUAGAUCAGAUUCCAGAUGCAGCCAAUCCGUUAUGCCUAGUUGAAUGCAGAGCAGGUUAAGACCGCUAGGGUCCUCAAGCAGACCAAAUGCAGCAAACCCAAAGUAGGCAUGAUAUGCAUCUGGCAGCUGCGCGGGAAACUUACCGAAACCACCGUACUCAAGUGAACAGGGAAAACAUCAAUAAGAAACUCAACAUGGAAAAGCUAUGGAAUGUACCCAAUAACGCCUUCCAGUAUCUUAAAACCUUGAAAGCUGGGCCAUACUAACAUCUAGCAGUACGAGUAAGCCAGGAGAAGCAACAACACCUUUGAUUGACAACAGGUAAGCGAAAUUCUUGUAGUGGUGCACUGCCUGAGAAAGUCUGAGCCCCCAAGACUCUCUCUCAGUAUGCCACCAAUCCUGUGCAAACACAAAUGGGACUCGUCAUGUCAAAACACAUGCAACCGUACAUGAUUUUUUUUUUUUUUUACUAGAAAUGAAUAUAUAUCAAUGUGAAAUUUUAAAGACGGACCCUUUGAAGUUUUAGCUCGGUGAGGAAGUAUGAGCCCCCAAGACACUCUCAGUAUGCCACUAAUCCUGUGCAAACAUAUAUGGGAUUCGUCAUGUCAAAACACAUGUAACUGCACAUGCUGUUAGUGCAUUCUAGCUAAAAUCAUUAGAUUGGAAUGUGAUAAAUGGGUGUUUGAUUCUCAUUUUACAAUUUAUAAUCAAAU